UUGUGACUCAUUGUGUCUGUAUCGAGGCGUCCGAAGGGCCUAGGUCCGUGUGUGGUGCCCGGUGCCCGGCCUGAGUCCCCGCACUCAGCUCCCCAUUCUCGCCCAGCGCCCCCUGGCCGCUCUCGGGGCACACGGAAGAGUGCAGAAACGGAGUACGCAAAGGCCAGCCGUGCUCUCUUCGGAUCACUUGUCCCCGUUGCCUGAACCUGAGCGAUGACCGCCGAGUCGAGGGAGGCCUCUGGUCUGUCCCCGCAGGCUGCACAGGAGAAGGAUGGGAUUGUCAUCGUGAAGGUGGAAGAGGACGACGAGGAGGAGCACGCGUGGGGGCAGGAGGGCCUGCCAGAUGCACCUCCUCCCGACCCAGAGGUGUUCCGACAGCGUUUCCGGCGCUUCUGUUACCAGAACACUUUUGGCCCCAGAGAGGCGCUCAGUCGACUGAAGGAACUUUGCCAUCAGUGGCUGCGACCGGAAAUAAACACCAAGGAGCAGAUCCUGGAGCUGCUGGUGUUGGAGCAGUUCCUUUCCAUCCUGCCCAAGGAGCUCCAGGUGUGGCUGCAGGAGUACCGGCCUGACAGUGGAGAGGAGGCAGUAACCCUCCUGGAAGAUUUGGAGCUUGAUCUGUCUGGGCAGCAGGUCCCAGGUCAAGUUCAUGGGCCUGAGAUGCUUGCCCGGGGGAUGGUGCCUCUGGAUCCUGUUCAGGAGUCCUCAAGUUUUGACCUUCACCCUGAGGCCACCCAGCCUCAUUUCAGGCAUUCAUUUCGGAAACCUCGCCUCCUGCAGUCCCGAGCUCUCCCUGCCACCCACGUUCCUGCCCCUCACCCCCAGGGGAAUCCUAGAGACCAGGCGAUGGCAUCUGCACUAUUGACAGCAGAUUCCCAGGCAAUGGUGAAGAUCGAGGACAUGGCCGUGUCCCUCAUCCUGGAGGAAUGGGGCUGUCAGAAGCUGGCUCGAAGGACUCUCAGUAGGGACAGCAGGCAGGAGAGCUGUGGGAAGGUGUUUUCCCAGGGUUGUGAAAACAGGAUCAACAGUGAGGAGUCAACUUCCAAGUCUGAAGUCACAGAAAACCCCAUGACUCAGGGGGAGACAGCAGGAAGACUCCGGAAAGAGUUUGGAGACAAACGUGAACAUCAGGCCAGAGUAGUCGAAAGACUGCAGAGAAACCCUGAGGACAAAACAGGAAAUGAAAAGAGAGAGACUGGGCCCGCUACAGCCAAGGAGAAGAAGGCCAGCACAGGAGAGAGGGGUCCCCGGGAGAAGGGCAAAGCACUGGGAAGAAGUUUCAGCUUGAGUUCCAACUUUCAGGCUCCCGAAGAUGUGCAAUCUGGGGCAAAGGCCCACAGGUGUGACGAGUGUGGGAAAUGCUUCACCCGAAGCUCCAGCCUCAUCCGCCACAAAAUCAUCCACACAGGAGAAAAGCCCUACGAGUGUGGGGAGUGCGGGAAAGCCUUCAGUCUCAACUCGAACCUCGUCCUGCACCAGCGCAUCCACACAGGAGAGAAGCCCCACGAGUGUCACGAGUGUGGCAAGGCCUUCAGUCACAGCUCCAACCUCAUCCUGCACCAGCGCAUCCACUCCGGGGAGAAGCCGUACGAGUGCAACGAGUGCGGGAAAGCCUUCAGUCAGAGCUCGGACCUCACAAAGCACCAGCGCAUCCACACGGGUGAGAAGCCCUACGAGUGCAGUGAAUGUGGCAAAGCUUUCAACCGAAACUCCUACCUGAUCUUGCAUCGGCGAAUUCAUACCCGAGAAAAGCCCUACAAGUGUACCAAGUGUGGCAAGGCCUUCACCCGCAGCUCCACCCUCACCCUGCACCACAGGAUCCAUGCACGAGAGCGUGCCUCCGAGUACAGCCCCGCCUCCCUGGACGCAUUUGGGGCUUUCCUCAAAAGUUGUGUGUAAGGCGGGAAUCUGUCAUCAAGCCGUUUGCCCCCUCUCGUGUCUAAAGCUAUGUCAGAGGUGUGUGCCCAUGGAGAAGACAAAACGCAGAACUCAGCCUGGUUUUUGUUACUAUUGUUUUUUCAAAGUCUCACAGAAGGAUCCUUUGAGUGAGAUCAGCAGUGUUCUACCUUUGCAUGGUCUGUAGGCAGCAGCUACACACCCCAGCAGGGAAAAAAGCUGGUCAUAAAGAUACUCCAGUGUGGCCACAGGGCUAUUUCCACACAAGAUAAAAGCACACACAGUAAAAUGUCAAGCUUCCCAGCACCAAGGAUACUUUUGAAGGCCCUUGGCAGCAACCACAGCAUAUAAUUGACAGAUCGGAAUCGACUCUGACACUUACUAGGUCUUACUUGUUCAAAGCAAAACAAAAGCUACAUUGGGCCAUGCUGCUCAGGCUAGUUACAUUGUCUGAUCAUUGGUAGCCUGCCAAAGCUGUAGAAAUCUAGGACUGUGUCGACGAAA